AUGCACAUCUUGGUGGGCGUAACUGGCAGUGUUGCUACCAUCAAACUCCCACUUUUAAUAAAACAACUAAAAGAAUCCUUUCCAACCAACUUGGAAAUCAAAAUCAUUGCUACUCAUGCAUCUCAGCACUUUAUCAACACACAUGAGAUUGGAUCAAUAUCUGUAUUGACUGAUAAAGAUGAGUGGGAUGCAUGGAAGAAAAUACCUGAUCCUGUGCUGCAUAUCGAUUUACGGAAUUGGGCCGAUCUGUUCAUCAUUGCACCCUUGGAUGCCAAUACUAUGGCAAAAGCAGUACAUGGACUCUGCGAUAAUCUCUUGACAUGCGUUUUGCGAGCAUGGGAUUCAUCUAAACCGGUUGUUGUUUGUCCAGCAAUGAACACUCAUAUGUGGUCACAUCCUAUCACUUCAAAGCAACUUACUGUCUUAAGCCAAGAACUUGGAUAUGUGAUUGUUCAUCCUAUUUCAAAGCAACUUGCUUGUGGUGAUGUUGGUAUAGGCGCAAUGGCAGAUGUGUCUGAUAUUGUUGCUGUUGCUUUGAAAACCUUAAAUGGCCAGUAGCUUGAUCUGCUCAACAGUGCAUAAUGUACCAAGAUCUUGAUAGAAUUUCUGCAUCUAUUUUUUACCAACUCACAGCAAAUGUCCAUCUACAAUAAACAAAUUGGCCUUUAUUCC